AUGAGAGACACCAUGAAGGAGAAGACAGGAUCCCCUGUUGAGAAUGGCCUGCCACCAUUGACUGAGAAGGUCGACCAAAGUACCAUGGCACCACCUCCGCCUUCAGCAGAAAAUCUUGUUAUGAGAGAUGGUAUUCGUGUCCAUCCACAACCGACAAGUGAUCCGCUGGAUCCUCUCAACUGGAGCAGCUUUCAGAAGCAUUCCAUCCUUGCCGUCAUCAUGUUGAAGUAUUUCCUGUUCACAUAUCUGACGACAACCACCGUGGCCAGCUUUCCCGACCUGCAGGAGGAGUACAACAUCACGUAUUCGCAGGUCAACUGGACCGUCGCGAUUCCUGCGUUAGGUCUUGCUGUCGGACCUCUGCUUUUCUCGUCACUCGCCGACAUCUUCGGCCGUCGAGUCGUGUUCAUCUUUGGCACUCUGAUGGCUUUUGCUGCAACCAUCGGAGCUGCGAAAGCCCCUGACUACGGAGGUUAUAUGGCUGCACGUUUCUUCCAAGGUUUGGGUGUCUCUCCGGCUUCGACUGUAGGGCUUGCUGCCAUCAACGACAUGUUCUACGAGCACCAGCGAGGCCAGAAGAUUGGUCUGUGGGUGUUGGCCAUUGACUCAGGUCUCCUUGUAGGACCCAUCAUUGGCGGUUUCAUGAACAUCGUUUCUACAGCCUGGGUACAAUGGCUUACAGCCAUCUUGUUCGGCCUGCUCCUCAUCCUCGAACUCUUGUUCAUGCCCGAAACAUUAUAUCCACGCAACCAUAUGCUUUCGCAGCUCCCUAUGGCCACAACCUCCGACGAAGCAGGCGUUGACAUUGAGAAAGUGGGUCGACGACGGAGUGAUGCCGCAGCUGUCAACCUACCGCGGACAAAGAAAUUGCCUUACAUCAACUACAAGCCAGUUCCUGGCAUGCGCCACCCAACAGUGUAUGACUCUAUCCUACGAUUUGGCCUUACGUUCAAGUUCCUCGCCGCCUCGAUCGCCAUAUUUACAUACUGCUUCCUGUGGUACUGGUGGGUUCUCAGUGUCAUCACCAUGUUGCCGGCUGCAUAUGUCGACUACAAGCCUCAAAUCCAAGGUCUUCUAUUCAUAGGCCUCCUCCUGGGCACACUGUUCGCCGAGAUCUUCUUAGGUGGCCAUCUCAGCGACAUUGUCUGCUCUCGCCUUGCGAAACGAAACGGCGGCGUUCGUGUCCCCGAGAUGCGGCUCUGGCUGAUAUACCCAGCAGGCCUGCUCAGUGCCAUUGGCCUGAUAGUCUGGGGCAUCAGCGUUGACAAAGGCUAUCACUGGAUCGUUGGGCAGAUUGCGUUCUUCUUGUUCGCUGCAGGUAUUCAGAUGGGGAACACCGUCGUUUGCGCGUAUGUCGUGGAUUGCUAUCCGCUACAAAGCAUGAGUAUAAUUACAUUCUAUGCUGUGUUUCUCAACUUGUCGGCCUUCAUUGACCCGUUCUUCAUCGCCCCAUGGCAGGCAGGUUCGGGCUGGACCUGGUGCUUUGCUGCCCAGGGCAUCAUCGUGUUCUUUGGCGCGCUACCUGUAUUCGCCUUGCUGCACAAAUAUGGUCCGACCAUAAGGUCCAAGUCAGGCACGCCGAAUUGGGUCAACCCAGAGUUCGACACUUUGUUAUAA